CGCUGGGGGCUCCGGCGGGGGAGCGCGGGGCGGGCGAUGGGAGCGAGAGGAGCCGCCCUGGCCCGGGACGGGAGCGGAGCGCGGAGCCGGGGGCCGCCGAUGCCUGCAUCUACCGUGGUUGGUUCGGAUUUGAUUCAGAGUUGACCAAGAUGACUGUGGAAGGUCAAACCCAGGAACCUCCUGCGUGGGAUCCGGCACAAGGCUGCCUGCGUGGUCCCCGCCGUCUGAGGCCCCCACGCCAUGGCCAUAGUGCAGACCCGGCCCGUCUCCAUCGAGCCCGCUUCUGAGGCGGCCCCCCAGCUCCGCACCAGCACCCGCUCGCCCGCUUCCGCCCGCGGCGCCAUGGGGAGCGUCAGCAGCCUCAUCUCCGGCCGGCCCUGCCACGAGAGGCCCUGCAAGGCCGCGCCCGGCCCCUUCCGCCAGCAGGACGGGCUGCUCCAGGCCGCCCCCCUCCAGGGGCUGCCCCCCCCCAAGCUCUGCUCCGGCCUGGCGCCCGGGCGCGGCACCUACGCCAGCGAGGACUUCUGGGCCGAGGCCGUGUCCCCCGUCAGCCCCUGCAGCGACGCCGAGGAGCCGCGGGACGAGCGGGCUCGGAGCAGCCACGUCCAGGGGCCGCCCCCGAGGCUGGUCCCCGUCUCCGGGCAGCUGGAGAAGAACGUCGAGAAGACCCUGAUCCGCCCGACGGCUUUCAAGCCAGUGGUGCCCAAGGGCAGGAACUCCUCGCUGCCGGGCUACGUGGUGCCGCGGCCCGGGGUGUCGGCGGUCCCCGAGAGCCAGGCCAGCCUCGCCCACCUCCUGGGCGGCACCGCCGCGGCCAGCGCCGAGAAGCACCACUCCCUGAGCUGCCGCCACAGCGCCCACUCGGGCACCCUGUCGGACUCGGGGCGCAAUUCCCUCUCCAGCCUGCCGACCUACAGCACGGGCUGCAGCCAGCCACCGGAGCCGGGCGCCGUCUGCAUAGGCCACCUCAGCCUGGACAGUCACGGUGGGUACCCGGAGCGGGGCUCCGGGGGCCUGGCCGGCCCCUCCAACUCGGACAGCGGGCGCUCCUCCUCCAGUAAGAGCACGGGGUCCCUGAGCGGGCGGGGGCCCCCCUCCUCCGACGGCGGCUCCUGCGCCCGCUCACCCGUCGAGGGCGACGAGGCUCUGCUCGUCCGCGAGCUGGAGGAGAAGCUGCGGGAGCGGGAGGCGGAGCUGCGGCACCUGCGCCAGAGUCUGGACGACAACGAGGUGGCCAUCUGCCAGGUGUACGAGGAGAAGCAGAAGCACUGUGAGCAGGAGAUGGAGGAGCUGCGGCAGGGCUACGCCUCCCAGGUCAAGCAGGCGGCGCAGAAGGCCCAGCGCACGCAGCAGGUGCUGCAGCUGCAGAUCUUCCAGCUGCAGCAGGAGAAGAAGAAGCUGCAGGAGGACUUUGCCCAGCUGCUGCAGGAGCGCGAGCUGCUGGAGAAGAGGUGCGCCUCCUUCGAGCGCGAGCAGACCGAGCUGGGGCCGCGGCUGGAGGAGACCAAGUGGGAGGUGUGCCAGAAGUCGGGCGAGAUCUCCCUGCUGAAGCAGCAGCUGCGGGAGUCGCAGGUGGGGCUGGCGCAGCGGGGCACCGAGCUGCUGCUGCUGCGGGCCCAGCUGCGGGAGGCGCGGGCGGAGCGGCAGGCGGGCGAGGAGCGGGCGCUGGGGCUGCAGGAGGCGGCCCGCGCCCGGGCGCUGGAGCUGGCCGUGUGCGAGAACGAGCUGCAGCACCACAAGGGCGAGGCCGAGCGGCUGCGGGAGGAGCUGGGCCGGCUGGAGCAGGAGGCGGCGGGGCUGCGGGGGGCACGGCGCCCGCCCCGCUGCCCGGAGCCGCCCGAGCCCAGCCCGCUGCGGGCCAGUGACGAGGCCAAGGCCCAGCGGCAGGCGGCCGAGACGCUGCAGGGCCUGCGGGCCGAGCUGCUCCAGGAGCGCCGGCGUGGCCAGGAGCAGCGGGCCGCCUUCGAGGCCGAGCGACUCACCUGGCAGGGCGAGAAGGAGCAGGUGAUCGGCUACCAGAAGCAGCUGCAGCACAACUACGUCCAGAUGUACCGGCGCAGCCGGGAGCUGGAGCACCGCCUGUACCGGCUCAGCCUGGAGCUGCAGGCCCCGCGGCUGGACGAGCGCGGCCUGCCCGGGGCCGAGAUCUGCUUCGAAGAGAUCACUGCCACCGAGAUCUGAGCCGGCUGCCUCGGGAGCUGGACCCCGCCCCUUCCGCCGGAUGGGCGUUAGCCGGCUGCUUGGGGGGCAGCUGGCAUAGGGGCCCUUCCCAUGGGGGAAGGGGAGCUGGGCCUGCGGCUGCUGUAGCUGAUCCCCUUAGCGCUCGGGAGGGGAUUAGCGGCACCCGCUCGUAGCCGGCUGGGGGGGCGCCGGGAUCAUGCCUCUGCCGUAUGGGCCCCGACACCUCUCCUGCCGCGCCCCAGAGCCUCCAGCGAGCUGUGAGGAGGUGGCAGGGCUGCUGGCCUCCCCCGAGCCAAGGCCCCUUGUGCUGGUCACGCCCCCCGCCCGCCCCCCCGGCUGGCUCCGGUGUGGUGGUGGGAAUGGGGCUGGGCCGUGGGAGGGAGGCCCCCCUCCGCCUGGGAGAGCCGGGUGCCUCCGUGGCUGCCAGGCUCGCUGGCUGAGCGGGGGCUGGCGCGAACUCCAGGCUCAGCACGUCGCCUGCCAGCCUGCUGUCAGGUGGGGCUCCCCCAGGGGCGGUCUGCGAUGCCAGCCCUCCCCCAGCCAGGCCCCUGUUCUGCACCCCCACAGGCUGCGGGUUUGCCCAGUCAGUGCAGGGUCCAGCCCAGGGCUUGGGAUCUCUAUGCUCCUCUUCGAAAACCGGCUUCCUCCUUUUGUGGGCCUGCUCCCUGCAGAGGCUGUAUUGGCAGGCAGGGCAAAGACCGAGUGGGGCACAUGCCUUGCGGCUAGAGCUACGCCCUCCAGGUGCCCAUUGAGGAGCUAGUGGGCUGUGAGCAGGGCUGCUCUGCCCAGUUCCCCCAGCUCUGCCCUCCGGGUGCAAUCCCCAUGCCUGGCAUCCCCUGCCCACGGCACAUUGGGUUCAGCGUUCCCUGCGUCCAGCCCUCUGCUCUGAGGGAUCCUGCCCAGGUUGGUUGCCCCUCUGCAUUUCAAACACCCGGCUUUGCAGGGUUUCAUUUCUGUGCCAUUCAAAUGUACUCUAUUUUUGUAGGGCCUACAGAAAGGUGUCUGGACUUCCUGGGUGCAGUAGCAAUUCACUAGCCAGCGUCCAUGGUGAUUCCGCUCCCCAUCGCUCGGCGGGGAGGUCUGCGCACACCCCCGCCCUUUGCCUUGUCUUCCCGUGUGCCCAGCUGUGCCCCCGUCCCGGCGCUCCAUUGCCAGGGCCCUGCUGCCCUGUUUUGCUAGCCAGCCCCAGCUCAGGGUGGGACCCUCUGCCCCCAUCCCAUGCGGGACUGGCCCCAGCUUGGCUUUGCCUUUUGCUUCUGGCCCAGCGUCUGCCUCUGCCUGGCAUGUGCUCCCCCAGCCCACUGGGAGCACCUCUACAUGCCCCACUCCCGCCCGGCCCAGCACCCAUCCCCGUGCCCUCCUGUGGCAAGGCAAAGGCAGCCAUGCUGUGGGCGGUGGGCGGGCUGUAUGGUGUCUGGUGGGCAGAGGCUGAGCUGUUGCACAGGGCCAUGGAUCAGCUGCCCCUUUCUCCCUGGCGUGUGCCAGGCUGCUCUGGGAAUGGCCCCAUGGGCACUACGCAGCCAGGCAGGGACUUUGCUGAGCCAGGCCCUGGGCCUGCCCAUGGGGCAGCUGCCCCUUGUGCUGAGCAAGGACCUGGGCACCAGCUCCCUCCAGGGGGGCAGGCUGCUCCAGCCCUUCCUCACUGGGCCCCUUUCCUUACGUUGGGCUGGGCCCCCAUCCUGCCCCCGGGUGCCAGCCCUCAAGGCCAGGCUCCUCCUGGGGCCUACUCGUUCCAUGGUGAUACCAAUCCCUAGGCACAGCCCUCACCCAGGAACACGGGGGAAGCUGGAGGGGCAGGGCUGGGGGGCGCCUGCCUAGCUGGAGUGCAGCUGAGGGGCUGGGGCAGCUGCUGUGCCCGGCCUGAGGCCCCCCCCCCCCCAGGAUCUGAUGUGCCCCGUCUGGCAGCUGCCAUCCCACUGGUACUGUCCCCAGCCUGAUCUGCCCGUCCCUCCAGCUACAGCCAAAGCCCCUGAAGGGAUGUGUGUGCCUGGGGUGGGUGGGGUGCUACAUACAAUACAGGAUUAGAUCAAAUUAUUUAAAAACAGCACCCCCCCCAUCAGCCCUGUGGUGCCCAGCUGCCCUGGCACAAAGGGCAGGGUUGGCACUAGACCAAAGGAACAUCUGCGCUGUGUCCAUCCGCUUGUUACCAAGCCGCACCCCUGCCCCGGGCAGCGCCAGCCGGCGUGGUUUGUUCUGUUUUUUUACUUUAUUUCUGACCUUGUCUGGUUCUCAGGCUGUGUAAAUUUCUUGUACAAACCGAGAGGAAAGUGCUAAUAAAACCCACCCCUCUGUUUUUAA